CUCGGAUUCUUGUUCAUUCUUGUUCGAUUGGCUUCCACGCCGCAACUGCUGACUCAGCAGAGCUAGAACCAGGUGGUUGCCACCGCCUGCCUCCUUGGAAUAUACUGCCGUUCUUGCCAUUCUCUCGUCCGAAUGCAACCGCAUCACUCUUCUCCAGCUGGAUUUUUUCCACCUGCUAAACGCUGAACGGUGCCAAACCUCGUUUCAGACAAUCGGGCAUCGUUUAGGUUUAAUUAUCAGCCCAUUGUAUUUGACUGGCGGACUACAUCCCAGGCAAGGACAUCCCUACUCAGACGUGUCGACGAGCGAGAAGCUCGUCCCUCCAUCGCUGUUCCUUGUCUAGAUCCACGUGUCAGGUCAACUCUUUUCCUUCCGACUCAAGACCAAUCACCAUGGCGGCAGACGUGAGCUACACAGCAUCACGUAUGCUCUCCUCCGACAGCUCUCGGGACCCGAGCUACGAUGACUUUUCCUUCAUCCCCUUCCUGCGCAAAAGCUACGGCUUUGGACUCGCCAGCGAUGUGCCGGUAUGCAAAGCCUACAGUGAAGGCCACUGUCCCCUAGGACCGGCCUGCCCUGAUCGGCAUCCCACCCCCUCGCGCGUCACCACGUCGACCACGACUGCCUCGGGACUAGCUCCGUCCACCACACACGGAUCUCUGGUCUGCAAGCACUUCCUCAAGGGGCUCUGCAAAAAGGGUCUCAAAUGCGAGUACCUCCACGAAUACAACCUCCGCCGCAUGCCAGAAUGUCAGUCCUUUUCGCGGUCCGGCUACUGUCCUAAUGGCGAUGACUGCCUGUACCAGCACGUGCGGGAGCAGGCGCGACUGCCUCCCUGUGAACACUACGACCGAGGGUUUUGUGAACUGGGCCCGCUGUGUGCCAAGCGGCACGUCCGCCGGCGCCUGUGCCAAUACUACUUGGCCGGGUUCUGCCCGGAAGGCAAAGGCUGCGUGGAUGCUCAUCCCCGGUGGUCGGAGAACCUCCCCCGGCCCCAGAUCCGGGUCGAGAAGACGGAAGAGGAGCUGGAGCGGGAACGGGCUUUGAUUCGGGAGGAACAGGAGAAGGAGAAGGAGCGAGAGCGCGAGUGGAGGAGCGAGCGUGGCCGUGGCGGAGGGUUCAUGCGGGGCCGAUACCGGGGCCGGGGACGCGGUUAGAUGGGUGUGUGUUCUUUUCCGAAUUUGAGCUUGAAAAAACGUCGAGAUACCCAGCUGAGAGGCAUGCUAUGCUUGUUUACUACGUUAGACAUAUUAUUGUUCCAUUUGAUCUGAUCUCAUAUACAAAAGCGACUCCACUACUCCGUACCGGGUGACAGGUAGAUAGAUUGGAAUACGAGGGAUGAAGUCUCAUUGGGUACAUUGUGCUAAGAUACAGGGGUACUCUAGGCAUGACAUGGCGCCAUGAUGGGGUCGAUGGAGGUCU